AUGGGUUUAUGGUCUGUGCCCAAUGCGUGCAUUCCACCUCUAAGGCUCGCAUUGGAGACGCUAGCACUCGUCCUGCGCAACUCUUUGCUCUGCAUCGCUGUGGGCUGGCUGUUCAGCUACUGCUUCACCGUGGGGAAUGUUUUCACGGGGCUACCUCCAGGGCAGCAGUCGUACGCGAACUUCAGUGCUGCCAAUAUUGCGUGGUUCUACGGCGUGUUCUCCAUGUGUGUGGUCAUUCUGAUGGCUACGAAGUUGAAUAUUCUACAGUGCACGGCCAAGCUCCUUGUCCGCGUUGGACCACAUCUCGUGCUGUCUUCUGUCAUUGUUGUGGGUGGUGACUUUGCGAUGUACUCGAUCGUAUCUGCAUCGUGGCAUCGGUUUAAGCCGUGCGUGUACAUUGCGGCUUUCUGGGGGUUCUACAUCAUGGUGAUCGCUGACGUGUUCGUGCGGCAUAUCUUUCAGACUGAAACACAAACCCACCACCGUCGACACUGGAAGCCGCCGUUUCGUCGAUUCCUGAGGAUUUAUGCCCGAAAUCUCCCAGUGAUGCUAUUCGUGCUCAUUGCUAUCGUGUACGUGCACGCAAUCAGCCAGUUUGUUUCCCUCCAAGGCCAGUGGGAACUACUGGCGUUUGCCAGUACCAGCAUCGUCCUCAAGUUGCUACUACAAGAGCUGGCGAAGCAUAUUUUGAUCGCUACACGACGGCCCGUGUCACGCAGAGUCAUGGUAAUUCUCGUGGCGACCCCGACAAUCCUCGUCGAUACCCAAGUGCGAAUGCUACUGCUUCGACAAGCAAGCACAAACGUCUCCGUCGCGGGAACUGUACUGCUGGCUACGUUCGAGAUAAUGGUUCGAGCUGCCAAGUCAUUCAUCGUGCAGAGGCAGACGCGCGGUGCUCCGAUUCCCAGGGAUCGGUUCUCCACCUUCGAUAGCGCACGCAGAGAAGCGGAAGAACUCCGGAAGAAGCGUCGAGUGCUCCACGCUGCAGAAAUCUAUUCCGACAUGUAUGCGGAGUACAUAGCGAUCGGCUGCUCGUACGGGAUUCUCUUCUUCUACCACGAUCAUCCGCAGUUCCAGUUCAGCCUGCUGUUAGGAGAUGAAGCCGCUGGUUCUGAAGACACAACGGCAGCGUUGCAAGAGCGCCAGAUGAGGUCUAUGAGCGGUCUCCAAUUGGGCGUCGAGGUGGUCGUGGAUUUCCUAGCAUGCGCGCUUGAAGCUGCGGAGGGUGUGGAAUUCAAGAGCUUUGAUCAGAACGACCCGUUCUUGGUGUUUUUCCUGGCUCUGUUGUCCUUCGCUAAUAUCGCCAUCUCUGCUGGCCUGUACAUGCGGUGA